GUACAGCGACUUUCAGCGGCUAGAGGAGAUGGAGAGAAAUGAGGUCUGAAAAGGACCAAAUGACCGGAGGCAGGGAGAAAAGCGUCGUCGAAAUACAGUUCAGAGACAUCCCAAGAGAGCAAGACGGCAACCCCGGCAACUCCAAGCAGAAAGAGGAGAAGAAGGAGGUUUUUACAAAGGUGGUAAUUCGAAGGCUCCCUCCUUACUUGUCAAAAGACCAGCUAGAGGAGCAGCUCAGCCCGCUUCCAUCCUACGACUAUUUUGAGUUCUUUCCAGCUGAUCAGAGUCUCUAUCCCCACCUGUUCUCCAGAGCAUACAUCAAUUUUAAAAACCCUGAGGAUAUCCUGCUGUUUAGGGACCGCUUUGAUGGUUAUGUCUUCAUUGACAACAAAGGCCAGGAGUACUCAGCAGUGGUAGAGUUUGCCCCUUUCCAGAAAAUCUCCAAGAAGAAGCUCAAAAAGAAAGAUGCCAAAGCCGGAAGCAUUGAAGAAGAUCCAGAAUACAAACGAUUCUUGGAGAACUACUCCUGUGAUGAGGAGAAGUCGAUGGCCAACCCUGAGACUCUGCUGGGAGAGAUAGAGGCCAAAACCAGAGAGCUCAUAGCCAAAAGAACAACACCGCUGUUGGAAUACAUCAAGAAUAAGAAAAUUGAGAAACAGAGGAUAAGAGAGGAGAAGAGGGAGGAGAGGCGAAGACGAGAGCUUGAAAAGAAACGGCAAAGGGAGGAGGAGAAGAGGAAGCGAAGAGAGGAGGAGAGACGUAAACGAAAAGAGAAUGAAAAGCAAAAGAAAUUGUCUGAAAAAGAGAUCAAAAUCAAGCUUCUGAAGAAGAGUGACAGGGACGAUGAUGUAGAUUCAGACCGGCUAAAGGAAAAAAGCGACAUCGGGGAGACGGAGAGGGGAAAGUGGGAGAAAUCUGCAGGACAAAUGAAGUCAAAGGACCAUAAGGACAAAGGUCAGCCUGAGAGUGACAAGGAGCAGCGAGAGCAGCACGGCCGCAGACAGAGAGAUAAGGACCACCGUGGGAAAGACGACGAGAGGAAACGUCAGCGACACCAUUAUGAUUUUGACAAGUUUAUGCGCCGCAAAGAUGAGACAAAAUGGGGCAAGGGCUACUGCCAGGACAGAGCCAAGAAAGAGGGGCACCAUCACAGCUACUCGUACUGUCCUGACAGUGGGGACAAACUGGGGAAAGAGGACAGGGAGGACCUGGGUAGCAGGAAGGAACGCCUCCGAAACAAGGUGAGCGAGAAGGACCGUCCCGCCAUGCAGCUCUACCAACCCGGCGCACGCAACCGCAAGCGCAUGAGCUCAGCAGGAAAAGGUUACGACUGCAUCCCGGUGGGCCACUCGCCUGAGCCCGGGACGGAGCACUGCUACGAGGUCGUCACCAUGGGAACAGGGCUGGAGAAGAGCAGAGAUGAGUAGCAAGCACUUUGGAUGUUCACGCCACAAGAGAAUACCAAUAAGUUUGUGUCAGCCGGCAGAUAGUUUUAGCUUUGGCUGGUUAAUAGAAGUUUUUUGAGCUUUUAAAGUGAGGAAAUUCACUUGAAAAGAAAGCAGUGGUCAUUUAAAAGCAUUUUCAUCAGCACUUGGUGUUGUGAUAUUGAGCGGUUUGAGUGGUGGUUAAGGGUUUCUUGUUGUGUUAGCGCAUGAUACAGUACUUUAACAGUUUGAAUACAUGAACUAUUUUUAUGUCUCACUGUUUAAUAUUAAGAAAUAUUAUUCACUUGUAUUGAAUCUUUGAAAUAUUUUCUUGGAAUAGUAUUGAGAACAGGGGUAAGCAAAUGUGAUUAUAAUAGCACAACUGUAAACUCAGUAGAUCCCGUUGUUUCAGCACGUCAUCGAAAACCUUGGUGCUUCAGUGCUGAUGCUCUGAUGGCGACUGCUGCAUCAAUGUUUGAAAUUGCUGCCUGCUUGCUAGUUUUGCGUUUUGUAAAAGCUUCAUGCGGUGAGGCCGUCCCAUGGUGUUUCGUUGUUGUUGUAUUUUUGAAAUGUGUACCUGUAAGAGGCAGCUCGUUAGCUGUGUCUGUCAACAAUUUGCCGGUGAAACCUAUGACCUCAUCCUCCAAGAGAGAUCUUCUUUCUAAGCCUUUGUAGAGUCCAUUGACCUUGGAUGUUUUUAAAGAUAGCCUAUAGAUUUUAUCACAAAGAAAUGUAAUGUAAGUAGAACUUUAUUUAAAGAUUACAGAUGUAGAAACUUGAAAUAUUUAAAGAGAAGAAAUCUUGCGUGUAUUUUUGUGAAGGCGAGUGUGUGAGUGAGAACAGCUGUUACAUGUUUUUAUCACUUGUCACUCAUUUUCCGGUGUCUUAUGACAGUUUGUUAAUAAUCUGAUUUCAAGGUGUCAUAUAGCAGAAAGCAGAUUUUUUUUUUUUUUUUUUUUUUUUUUUUUGUAUAUCAUCCAUGAGCCAGGAAGAACACAUUCUCUACAUUUCUACAAAUAAUUUCAUAGGAACGAUGCAAGAGAGCUCAGUCUGACACAGCUAAAUGAAAAUUUUUAAUUUUAUAUGCUGUUUGCACCGUUUUCUAUCAAUGCUAUCAGCCGUUUAUUAUGUAAUGGAAGAGCUACUCAUAUUGGUAUAGCAAUGUCUGUGUAACAUGCCUUAGAUUACUUUUGCACAUGACCUCUCACAUUUGUGUAUCAUAACCUCUUGUGUCAUUUUUUUGUUUUCAUCUUUGAGAUGUGACAAUAUAAAAUAAAGCAAUUCUGCUGAUGUA